ACAUUCACGCUUUGAAUGAUACUGAAUAUGGUGACGUAUUGGCCAAGAUUUAUGAAUAUCAUGGAACAAACGACGGGGGAUGAUAUGGAAAACUUUGCAGACCACAACGAAUAUCAGUUGCUAUGUGAGAGUAAAAUUCAAGAACAAUGUAUACAAGGCGAAAUAUUUUCUGACAGGCCUGUCAGCGACAACACAACAGAAAAUAUGCGAGUGCCUGAAAAUAUUGAACAUAUCGAAACUACCUCAUGCGAAACGUUCGAUAACUCAGACACCGGAAGUUGGAGUAGUGAUACACCACUUCUUCCCGGUAAAAUCUUGGAUUGUGAAAAUACAACCAGAGAUUUCCAUGACGCUCCAGACAGUUCAGAAAUAGACAAAGUCGUUGAAGCUAAACUAAACACAGUAAAUGGUGAGCACAUAGAUAAACACGUAUCCUUGGAUAUGGAUCAGACGUCAAUAGCUGUCCCAGAGAACAACGAUGGGCAUACCUUUGGAUCAGGUAUCAGUAUUGCCUAUUCCAUCAUACGUGAUGUUGAAAGGGUGAAAACCAAUCCAGUUCAUGUAUUUGGAAGUGGUUGGGAAUUUGGAAGUGUUUGCAGUAUCAAUCUUCACGGGUCCGGCGAUAUUUUCAGGAGUAGAACAAACACAACUGACCAUCACGGAUUCCAUAAUUCACCGUCAGCUGGACGAGACACUUUGUUGUCGCGGGUUUUUAAGGACAAGAUAGGCAGUAUGCAGUUUGAUAAAAACGUAGAUAAGGAAUCUGUCAAGUUUACCACUUUAGAAACGAACGAUAUACCCAUGGGCGUAAGUUCCCCUGUGAAAACAAAAAAUCUAAAGAACCUGUUGAUCCUGAGUACAAGUUUAACAUUUUUACAUAUAGCAGUGUUUGGACUUCGAAACCUUCAGAGUAGCAUCAACAGUGAAAAUGGACUUGGGGUUUUCUCGUUGGCUACAUUAUGUGGUGCAUUUAUGUUCGGAAGCUUGGCCAGUCCAUUUAUUGUUCGGAAAUACGGACCAAAAAUUUGCGUUAGUAUAUCAUGCUUCGGCCAUCUGGUUUAUAUAAUUGCAAAUAACUUCCCUAGUUUCUAUGUUAUCAUCCCUGCCUCGGUUGUACACGGGUUAAGUAAUGCUUUGCUAUGGAAUGCCUUGUGCACGUAUAUCACGGAAAUCGGAUUGGACGAAGCUAUUCUUAAAAGUAAGGUUCCCAGCAAUGUGCUAAGUCGCUACUUUGGCAUAUUCUUCCUUGCUCUUCAGAUGUCCAUGGUACUUGGGAAUCUAAUUUCGUCCCUGAUCCUUUCUCAGGCUGACAACAGAAUCAAAAGUAAUGGAAACAAAAUAGCACUAUCUGACACUAUGGAUAGCUCAACGACUUCUGUAUACAGCUUGGUCGCCAAUGUUACCGGGACCGAAAUCUUUCAGAUAGGCAUGGACGAAUCAAAGUGUGGAGCAAGUCAUUGCGAUGUAUCAACAGGUGAAAAGGCAAAGCCAAGUGUAGAUGAUUUAGACAAACUAUUUUUACUGGGAACUUAUUCUAGCUGUGCAAUCAUAUCGAUUCUAGUCAUUCAGUGCUUUUUGGACCAACUUCCUAACUACUCUCCUUCCUCCUCUACGUUGAAAGAUAUCAUAAAACAGGCUGGUUCCGUGUUAGCCAUGGUGAUCGACCGGAAGUUCUGCUUCAUUGUGAUGCUUUGUCUUUACACUGUCUUCAGCAAUGGUUUCGUCGUCGCAGAUGUGUUAAAGGCUUUCAUAACCUGUCCGCUUGGCGUCAGAAUGGUUGGCUAUUCAAUGAUCUGGUUUGGACUAUGUGGCUCCAUCAGCUCCUACAUGUUUGGGAAACUGGCCAAAUAUACUGGCAACAUGGCAGCCUUUAUUACUGCUUCCGUGUUGAAUGUGACAUCACUAGCGCUGAUGACCUCCUGGAAGCCAUCCCUCGAAGAUCAGUACUUGCUGUUUGCUUUUAUUGGGGCUUGGGGAUUUGCUGAUGGUAUUUGGCAAUCCCAAAUUAAUAGUUUGAUAUCGUCAAUGUUUGCGGACCGUUACGAAACAGCAUUCGGAUGUUGUCGGGUGUUACAGGGACUGGCUGGUAUCAUUGUGUUUACAAUGUCAAACAUGAUGUGUAUGAUGUCCAAGAUUAUUUUUACGACAGCUACGUGUUUAUUGUCUGUUGUGUUGUAUGUCGUCAUGGAGAUUGUUGGAUAUAGAGACAGAGAUAUCUGUUAAGUAAGAAACUAGGGUACGCGUAUUUUCAUAGUCAUGGCAACGCCUUCUGAUUGCUUUGUUUCCCUCACAACUAACUCUCACCUAGAUAUGUAUCGUGAUAUAUACUUUUUGCGAUAUUUUGAAUGUAUUUUUGGAAUUUCAUGACUUACUUUUUACCAUCAUAAUUCUUUUAUUUUACAUGAACACGUCUGAAGCGUAACGUCAAAUUGAUUGAUAAUUAAGAUGUGUUUUUAUUAAUUAGUAAUUGUAAGGAAAUACUAAAACAAACAUUGAUUCUGAAAGUUAUAAUAUGAAAUCUCUAUUAUAUGGUGCUUUCAAAGAUAAUUAUGAACAGUUAUAGAUGUGAACAAUUAGGAACUAACCAACCAAAAAUCUUAAGACUAUUUGACUGAACAUUGAUACGAUUCAAGCCUGAUAAUGGUUUUUACCAGGUAACUGAAAGUAGAACAGUCUGUUAUGUGUAUAGAAAUUCUCUCUAAAACAUUAGAAAUGUGAAUAGGAAAGAAGGUAUUUUUCUAUAUUUUAUAUCAGCUUCAUUAUAUAUCGACUUAAAUAUGAUUGCUAUUUAUAUACAUUACUACCAUGUUUUAAAUUGUUUUAAAUGAUGUCAUGAAUAUUCAUCUGGAGGUAUACUCCUUUCAUGAAACGGUCUUUAUUGUCCAUCAUUGUCCGCCUUUUUAUCAUGUAGUUACAGUAUCUUUUUGACUACCAGACGAAACACUGCAUAAACAGUGUGUACCUGUGUGAUCUAUAAAUAUUUUUUAGAUCUCAUUUUAUUUCUUUAUAUUUUGUAUAGUAUGUGAACAAGGAUAUUUGUGUUUUGUUUUCCUGUUUUCGUUCGGAAAAUACUGAAUCGUUUGCAAGAAAAUACAGAUAUAAUAGUGCGAAUAUAGUUCAAUAAUAUGUCGGAAGUGUGUAACAAAGUGUAACGUUGUACGUGUAGAUAUUCAGUUUAUAAAGUUUCUACUAUAAAAACAAAGUGCUAUAUGUUGUCAAAAAGAUUUAAUAUUUCCAGCUUUGACAAUAUUACUGUACAGUAUAUGUAGAAGUCGAUGAACUGAUGAUUCGUUUUUCAAGGAUUGUUUCUACUUGAUUAUUGUUAAAGUCUUAAUAUAUAUAAUACACGUGUGUGUGUGUGUGUGUUUCCCACAAAGGUCGGUUAGUAUGAUAAUGACUGUGGAGAUACAGCCAAUUUCUUUUGAUAUUUGACCGUUAUGCACAUAGAUUAUUGAAAAAUUUUCAAAUAUGAAUAUCAUUCGGACCAUAACUCAGCUCUGAUUGACGUAUGUUGUACCUGACAGUUUGUUGGACCCUUGUGACUAAUGCAGAGGACGAAAACAUUCCCAGUUAGAUUUUUGAAUGUUUCAUCACUUUCAUCUAUUUUACCUAAUAGUUUCUUAUUUCUACCGUUUAACUUAUCUUCUCAUCUUUCUUUUUAUUAGAUAUUUAAGACAGCGUCUUGUAAAGCGCAGUCAAUGUUAGUGAAUGUUGAUUGUAAUACUUGUUACUAUAGUGAAUAUUGACGGUUCACUCUUAUCUUUGAGAUUUUUUUUCUAAACAAUAUUUAAAAGUGUUUACAAACUCUCUUUUGAGUUACCAAGUAAAUUCGUGGUACCUGUCUCAUUUUGGGUAUUAAAUGUAAUGCAACAGCUUGUAUGCUGUAAUUUGUGAGUGAAAGAUAAUUUUAUGUAUUUUUAAAGGUUCGUUUUAGUUCAUGACAAUUCUGUUAUAUUUGCACCCUAUCUAUUUUUAUUACAUGAAUUCUCUUGACAGAUGAUACGUGAUCAUACAGGAUUAUUAUGAAUAAUUUGACAUAAAAAGGUAUGUGUAUAUAUAUAUAUACCUUUCAAAUACUUUGGUGACAAAUGUUCCAGAAUACACACCGAAUUGCGACCGUAUCCACCGAGUGUAACCUCUUCCAUUUUGAAUAAUUCAGAAUUGAAGGUGCACAUUGUCCGUGUUUCUGCUUUGCAUGUCCAGUUUUCGGGAAAUGUUUAACCUUUACCCUGCUAAAUUUCUAAAAUGAACUGGCCCAUCAUUCAAAUUGAGCUGUACCACUUAUUAUUCAAAGGGGUGUUCCUGAAAAUUUACUGACUGAAUAGCAAACAGUGCAGACCAUGAUCAGCAGGCUGACCUUGAUCUGCACUGGUCGCAAAGGCAAAAAUCACUUGCCGCCAGCAGGCUAAAUGUUAUACAACUAUUGUUGCAGGUUAUAAUUUGUAAAGUGUCCUGAUGGAACGUUAUUCAGGAAAUAGUGAAUAGCAUCUAUAUUGAAAUGUACAUACAUACAUAAUAUAAAUUAGAUAACUCUAUUUAUCUUUAAAUGUACUUUACAAUUAUGUCUGGGUACAUGUUAAAAUAAAUAUGUUUAUAGGUACGAUGCUUUACAGACUUAGGAAAAAUGUGGAUGAGCAUGUACUCUUUAUUGAGUAUAAUGGAUAUAUAAUGUUUGUUUUAACAAACGGAAAUUAUUGUUUCGCUUCUUUAGUUUUAUAAAGAUAUAAGAUAUG